CGCGCUUCGCUUUCAAAAUAAGAGUUUAAAGUCCUGCGUGCUUCGCCCCCCCCCAUCCCCCGGUUGCGCAUUUCCGCUGCCAUAACGUCACUUCUGGAUGUCAAUAUGCGGCUCGGUGCGGCGCUGGGAAACGGAACCACUGGAAAGAUGUAAACCAAGUCUCCAGCGGAAGACAAGCCUCAGCGAAGACACGGUAACCGUAACCACCGGGUGGGGGGGACGUCCGAUAAACGUCCGAUAAACGUCAACCACACCAUAAACCUGCAGCUCGCUCGGUGAGUCGCUGUCUACCCCCCGAAGCAGCGGAGCGCUUUUGCCUCAAAGCAGCCAUCUUUUUGUGCAGAGAAAUGGACGCGGAGACGCGGCGGGCCUGCUUCGGCUCUGGCCGGAGCCGGAGCCUGCUGAUGCCGACCACCGCGCUCCUGCUCUCGGUUGUCGGGCUGCUCUCCGGCGCCGCCGAGGCGAAGGAGUGCGACAAACCCUGCAUGAACGGGCAGUGCAACGCAGCCACUGGCAACUGUGUGUGCGUCCCCGGCUGGGUUGGGGACCAAUGCCAGCACUGCGGAGGGAGAUUCAGGUUGACGGGACCCUCCGGUCACCUGACCGACGGUCCAGGGAACUACAAGUACAAAACCAAGUGCACCUGGCUGAUUGAGGGACAGCCUAACACAAUACUCCGACUACGGUUCAACCACUUUGCCACUGAAUGCAGCUGGGACCACCUGUACGUGUUCGACGGAGACUCCAUCUACGCCCCGCUUCUCGCUGCCUUCAGCGGUCUGAUUGUUCCCGAGAGUUACGGGAAUGAGACGGUUCCUGAGGUGGUGUCUCAGUCCGGCUACGCCCUGCUGCACUUCUUCAGCGACGCUGCCUACAACCUGACAGGAUUCAACAUUUCCUACAGGGUGAACACAUGUCCCAACAACUGCUCGGGCCGUGGAGAGUGUCGCGUGAGGAACUCCACCGGUUCGGUGUACUGCGAGUGUGACGACAACUGGAAGGGUGGAGCCUGUGACGUCCCCUACUGCAUGGCUGACUGCGGCUACCCUGAGCGAGGCCGCUGCCAGGGCAAGACCUGCGUCUGCAAGACCGGAUGGCAAGGUCCAGGCUGCCUCGUCUCAGUGCCGGCCAACUCGUCCUUCUGGAGCCGGGAGGAGUACACCGAGGCCGGGCUGGCCAGGGCGUCCCACAAGGCCGUGGUGGACCAGGGCAUCAUGUGGGUCAUUGGAGGCUACGUUUUCAACGCCUCGGACUAUCACAUGGUCAAAGCGUACAACCUCAGCAGCAAGAGCUGGCUGACCCUCGACCCCUCCGUCCACACCGUCACGCCGCGGUACGGCCACUCACUGGCUCUUCAUGAGGGUAAGAUCUACAUGUACGGAGGAAAGAUUGACUCCACGGGAAACGUGUCCAGCCAGCUGUGGGUCUUCCACAUCCAGAACCAGACCUGGGUCCUCCUGAGCCCCCGGGCCAAUGAGCAGUACGCCGUGGUGGGACACUCGGCCCACAUUGUGCCUCCCAGCCAGGACGGGGACGGUCCUGUCAUGCUGGUGAUGUUCGGACACUGUCCUCUGUACGGUUACAUCAGCAAGGUGCAGGAGUACAACAUCGUCAAGAACACUUGGAGCAUGGUGAGCACAGCCGGUGCUCUGGUUCAGGGCGGCUACGGCCACAGCAGCGUCUUUGACCCCAGCACCAGAGGCAUCUACAUCCACGGAGGCUACAAGGCCUUCAGCGCCAACAAGUACGGCCUCGCCGGAGACCUGUACAAGUUGGACGUGGACAAGAGGAAAUGGACCAUUCUGCGGGACAGCGGCUUCUUCCGUUACCUCCACACAGCGGAGAUAGUGAGCGGGGCCAUGCUGGUGUUUGGAGGAAACACGCACAACGACACGUCCAUGAGCCACGGCGCCAAGUGCUUCUCCUCCGACUUCCUGGCUUACAGUCUGGCGUGCGACGAGUGGACGGUGCUGCCUCGGCCGGACCUCUACCACGACGUCAACCGCUUCGGACACUCGGCAGUCUUCAGUGACAGCGUGAUGUACGUGUUCGGCGGCUUCAACAGCCUGCUGCUCAGCGACGUCCUCGUGUACACCUCGCCCAGCUGCGCGGCCUUCUCCAGCCUGGAGUCCUGCAGCCAGGCCUGGCCGGGGAUCCACUGCAUCUGGAACAGCACCCGAGGGACCUGCCUGCCCUGGGAGGGCACCGCCAUCGGAGGGGAGCAGCAGCUGCAGCAGCUACCGGCCUCCUGCAACACCCGAUCAUACGCUGACGAGAGGUGUGACCAGUACACGGACUGCUACAGCUGCACUGCCAACACCAACGGCUGCCAGUGGUGUUCCAGCCAGUGCUUGUCUCAGGGAAGCAACUGCACUUCAGCCACGGGGGCCAUAGGGGAGUAUGACGUUUGCCCCAAGGACAACCCCUCAUACGUGUGCAACAAGAAAACCAGCUGCAAGAGCUGCGCUGUGGACCAGAACUGUCAGUGGGAACCUCGCAACCAGGAGUGCAUCUCGCUGCCAGAGAACGUGUGCGGUGAAAGCUGGCACCUGGUGGGAAACUCCUGUCUGAAGUUCAUCACGGCAAAGGACUCGUACGACAACGCCAAGCUGGCCUGCAGGAGCCACAACGCCGUCCUGGCCUCGCUGACCACGCAGAAGAAGGUGGAUUUCGUCUUGAAGGAGCUGCAGAUAAUGAGCGUGGUGUACAAGGCUUCAGUGACGCCGUGGGUGGGGCUCAGGAAAAUCAACGUGUCGUACUGGUGCUGGGAGGACAUGUCGCCCUUCACCAACACCACCCUGCAGUGGCUCCCCGGCGAGCCGAGCGACGCCGGCUUCUGCGGCUACCUGGCUGAGCCGGCGUCCAGCGGACUGAAAGCACAAACCUGCAUCAACCCGGUGAACGGCAGCCUGUGUGAGCGGCCAGCCAACCACAGCGCCAAGCAGUGCCGGACGCCGUGCGCCAUGAGAGCCACCUGCAGCGAAUGCACCAGCAGCAGCUCGGAGUGCAUGUGGUGCAGCAACAUGAAGCAGUGCGUGGACUCCAACGCCUACGUGGCCUCCUUCCCCUUCGGACAGUGCAUGGAGUGGUACACAAUGAACAGCUGUCCACCGGAGAACUGCUCCGGCUACAGGACGUGUGGCCAGUGUCUGGACCAGCCCGGCUGCGGUUGGUGCACCGACCCCAGCAACACGGGCAGAGGGCAGUGCAUCGAGGGCUCGUACCGCGGGCCCUUCCAGACCUCGGUCCCGGCCCCGUCCACCCUGCCCGGCCUGCCCGCCAGCCCGCAGCCCGCCCUCAACGCCAGCAUGUGCCCCAGCGAGGCCAAGUACAACUGGUCCUUCAUCCACUGCCCAGCCUGUCAGUGCAACGGUCACAGCCAGUGUGUCAACCAGAGCGUGUGCGAGAAGUGCGAGGACCUGACGACCGGCCGACACUGCGAGAGCUGCAUCUCCGGCUUCUACGGAGAUCCGACCAACGGGGGCAGCUGCCAGCCCUGCAAGUGUAACGGCCACGCCAGCAUAUGCAACCCCAACAACGGCAAGUGCUUCUGCACCACCAAGGGCAUCAAAGGAGACCGCUGCCACCUGUGUGAGGUCGAGAAUCGCUACCAAGGAAACCCCCUCAAAGGAACAUGCUACUACACGCUCCUCAUCGACUACCAGUUCACCUUCAGCCUGUCGCAGGAGGACGACCGCUACUACACCGCCAUCAACUUCGUGGCCACACCUGAGGAGCCAAACCGGGAUCUAGACAUGUUCAUAAACGCUUCAAAGAACUUUAACCUGAACAUAACCUGGGCCUCGAGCUUCACCGCAGGCACUCAGAGCGGGGAGGAGAUCCCCAUCGUCUCCCGGAGCAACAUCAAGGAGUUCAAAGACAGCUUCUCCAACGAGAACUUUGAUUUCCGCAACAGCCCAAACAUAACCUUCUUCGUCUAUGUCAGCAACUUCACGUGGCCCAUUAAGAUUCAAAUCGCCUUCUCGCAGCACAGUAACUUCAUGGAUCUGGUGCAGUUCUUUGUCACGUUCUUCAGCUGCUUCCUGUCCCUGCUCCUCGUGGCCGCCGUGGUUUGGAAGAUCAAACAAAGCUGCUGGGCGUCUAGGCGACGAGAGCAACUGCUGAGAGAGAUGCAACAGAUGGCCAGCCGGCCUUUCGCCACCAUCAACGUCGCCUUGGAGACGGACGACGAGCCACCUGACCUGAUCGGAGGAAACGUCAAGUCCGUCCCAAAGCCCAUCGCCUUAGAGCCUUGCUUCGGCAACAAAGCCGCCGUGCUCUCCAUCUUUGUGCGGUUACCCAGGGGCACCGGCGGCAUCCCUCCUCCAGGACAGUCUGGUCUGGCGGUGGCCAGUGCUCUGGUGGACGUGUCUCAGCAGAUGUGUGCGGGCUACAAGGAGAAGUCCGGAGGCCUGAGGAGCCGCAAACAGCAGCCCGCCGCACAGCCGUCCACCUGCAUCUGACCGCGCCCACCUGUCCUCCUCUACCACCCCGCCACCCGAUGCUCUCCCAUCAGCCCCCCCGCUUUCGGCCCCCUCCUUCACAGACUCCCGCCCAGCUCCGCUACGGCGGGGAGAGGUGCAUGCUGGGACGCAGGACUGGAAGAUUUCGGUGAGGGGCCGUGUCGUUUGGUGGACUGGAGCCUCAGCGGGGCUUCCCCUCCCUCUCCUCCUACGGGAGCUAUGGGUCCCCACGAACUGAAUGACAGAAACUGGACACAAAGAGGGAGGGACAGAGCGGGUGCUGACUUCACCCCUUCCCCUAAAAUAAAAACAAAAAACAUGCUACAUUUGUCGAAACCGCCUCGUUAGAGUCGAGGCGGCCGCGGCUUGCUGCUAGAAGAGAUCCUCUUUGCAACCCUCAAUGCUAUUGUUUUACUUAAGUUAUUGUUGUUUUUGUAUUGUGUUAUUUUGAAGGCAGGAACAAACUGGACACGUUCAGCUGCGCGCACACACACAACACACACUUCCAAAAGGCAACUUUCCAGGCCCUUGUACCCAUUAGUUGCCCAUUGUCGCCUGCUGUCGUGUUCACAGCUCAGCACUGUGGGCCACUGUCACCGGAGUCCUGUACAGUUUGGCCUCCGAACAAGCCGACCGCGUAUUCAGUCUUCCUUUAACGAGGAUCCACUGUAGGAGGCUGGCCGUGCAGCCAAUGCCCGUCUAAAGAGUCUGUGACAUUUCUAAUCGGGCUCUGUGUCUCAUCUAAAGGCCUGUCUGGAGCUUUGUCUCUCUCCCCCUCCCCUUCCAAUCUCUCUGUCUCUGCGCCCAUCUGGCUGCAGAGACGACCACCUUUCCAGCCUCCUCUGGCAGCGCAGCCGAGUACAGAACAAGACCACAGCAACAUCUCAUCCACGCUGGCUGGCCGGUUCGUAAUCCAACGCCGAUUGAAACCUUUCCAGCUAAUUUACGCCUCCAGUUGAAACGAAAGCCGGUGGCUCUGCACACACAGGUGCACUGGCAUGGCUCUCACACAA